AUGAAGAUCCGGCUCAAGGCAACCCGAUUAGGCCGCCGCAACAAGAGAUCUGAGCCUAAUCGCCCAGCCAUCACACACCACGGUCUUCGAAAAUACAGAAGACAACUUCAAAAGAAAAAAAAGAAGAGAGUAGGCAAACGAACGAGCCCGGGGUUGGGGAAAGGCGGACAAAACUCACCGGAAAGGGGAAGCACAGGCUGCGGUCUGCGGCGAGGCUACUGCUAUCGCGCGCGCGUGCAGUGCAGGCCGCCGCCUCGAGUCGAGGUGCAAGGGGAGGAGGGGAAACCUGCCGUGGCCCGAGCCCACCCGUUAUUUUAUCUCUCCUACUUUAAACAUUCGGGAUGCUUCUUCGUACGUCAUUCCGCCACCCCCAUUUCUCAAGCGUCGGAUCGAGAGGAAACGGCUGUGAUCGUCAAACAACGUCGAUUUUAUAAAAAGGCCCUCAAAACUUGCCGAACUAAAGCCGCAGUCCACUCCCUCCCUACCACCGGAAGAAAAAAAAAAAAGCUACCCGCCCACCCGCCGCCCGCUCGCGCCGCCGCCUCGCCCUCGCGGGCCGCUCGCCGCCCCGCCCUCGCCGGCCGUUCGCCCCAUUCCGCUGCUUGGAACUCCGCUCGGGCCGCUCGCACCGCAGCCGCUGCCACCACACCUCCCGUGUCCAUCGUCCCCUCUCGACCGUCUCACCUUCCACAGGGGCGCUCCUCGACGCCCUCGACCUCCUCGCCGUGCUUGCCCUCACCGAGGGCAUCGGGCGCGGGGUCGCUCCGGUUUCUUAGCCUCCUGAAGCAGUUGGAGUUGGAUCCUGACGAACCACCGUUCGAGCUUAACGAGUGUGACUGGGCGUGUCCGGCAGGCGGCGGCCAAGACGGGUGGGCCGUCCCUCCGGUGCUCAAGGCGUUGCCGCCGCGAGCACACUGUGCCGUGGGGCUUCGGGCUGUCGUGCCUCCUCGCCGAGGGCGACGGCGAGCCGGCGACCAACGGGCGGGGAUGGUCGUGCCCGUGAGGGUGGUGGCGCUGGGAGCAGGCAUCCCGGUCCACAUCUGGAUCCGCCCUUCCCACCCCUGGAUUCGGCUGUGUGCUCGAGCUUCACGCGUCCCCAUGCCGGAGCCCGCUGCCAUCGCGAGCACCUCAGGCCCGAGCUCGCCCCACCUGACCUCCCGGCGUCUGCUCGAUCUGGCCGGUACAUGCAGUGCGCGUGCGCUCCUGCCUAGGGGCUGGGCUCUCAUGUGCGGCAUUGGUCCGGAAAGAGGCCGAUGGCGCUUGGAUUUGAAGAGGAAGAAAUCGAGCAGCACUGUUGCUUGGCCGAGAGGAGCAAAGGAGACUAGGAGAGUGAAGGAGGGAUUGAGGGAGACUGCUCGGUGGUGGAUGUGCAGAGAAAGAGAGGAGAGGUUAGCAGCGAGAGAAGCAGACUACUGACUGACCGAGAGAAGCAGACUGCAAAUUGCUACUGGUGAUUGGAUCGGAGGUGCUCGUUUAAUUUGUUGCAUCUCGGUGGAAGGAACUGAAGAGAGAGUAGAGAGAUUGGUGCUUGGAUUGAGCUGCAGGCUUCUGACCGAGAGAAGACAAUGAUUGAUCGGUUGAAGAACACACAACAGGAUCAAUGAAACAGAUGGACAAGAAUAUCUAAAAUGAGGAUAUCUCAGGAUAAGAUGCACGAUGCAAUAUCUGAACUAUAGCUGCUGGUUGCUCUGAUGGAAAUUCAACCACCACUCUUCGAUUAUAUCUGCAGUAAUCAGAUUGGCAGAACCAUUUUUUUAUGGGAAGUCUGAACUUUCAUUGACCAUUGGCUCUUUCAAUUUAUAUUUGCAGUAUGUUAGAUCAGAUUGACCGCUUCCAUGAUGUGGAUCUAUGGUUGUUUUAUUAUUUGAUUUGGGGCUGGAUCGGUAGAUCAAUGAGCAUGUGCUGCUCAAUCUGGUUCUUGGUUUAUGAACCUGUUGCUAUUGGGAUUUACAUUGACACAGUAUUAGGUAGCUCACCGUUAAUUCAUUGGCAUUGAGGUAAGUCUAUUCCCUGAUCCAUUAUGUGCCCAUUUCAAUCACAACAACUGUUCUCAGAUUCAUAUUUCUUAUCUUCUCUGUCGUGAUGCAUGAUAGUUUCAUGGUUCAUCAGUUUUUCAUGAGCAACAAAGUGCCUUUCUGAAUAAAGUGCUUGAUAGUUCAGGGUUCAGGCUUUAGUGAAGUGCUUGAUAAUUCACAUUAACAUGUCAUGUUAUAUUCCAAUAGUUGAGUAAGAUGAAGGUAUCUGCUACACUCAUCCACAGAAAUUUCUAGGUGUUUAUUUGCAUUUGUGAUAAUUCACAUUAACUUAUGGGAAAUUCAGGAUUGGGGUUCUUUUCCUAUACUGAAGUAGGGACUCGUUAACUACAUUUGUGAUGUGAUUUUUAUGCUCCCUAUGCUAUCAGCCUUUCUAUCAGCAAAUGGAUUGGUUCUAUUCUUACUAAAUCUAUUUACAGUGUCCGUGUAAAAAAAUUACUCCCCACAGAUUUUGCCAGGAAGGGCGUAUUCAGUCAUGCAUUGAUGUUUGAUGAGGGCACAUUGUCUGUGAUCAUGUCAUGGAGUAGCCAGUUUGGCAGAUUUGGUGAAUUUCAUCUGCGUGAGAAUGGGAUGGAUCUGACGGGUGGGUCCUGAGGGCUUUCCUUUGGCGCCCGGCACCGUGAGGUCUCAGAAUUCCGUAUGAAGGCCCUGUUUGGAUCCCUUUCGAGGUGAUUGGUUGGUUGUACCUGAAUUGAGCCAGGGCUGUGGCACGCAGGCUGCGGCUGUUUGGUUGCUUGCAGCCAGAGCUUGGCCCGGCGCAUGCAAAAAGCACCAGCCUGCCCGGCUCAGCGGAAACGCAAAUGAAGUCUAUUUCCGGCGAGCCAGGCUCGCUGGAUGCCUGGGGCUAUGAACUAAUGAUGGUAUUAAGAAAAAUAUUAGUUUAUAUUAACUGGUAUUAGUAUUUUACAAAGUGAUUAAGAUUUAUUGAUGUAAACUAAGAACUAUUAAAACAUACUUAAAUAAAAUAAAUAUUAUAAUAACACUUGUUUA